AGCCUGAGGGCGGGGGGAGCGGACGGAGAAAGAGAGGAUGAAGGUGGCUGAGUGGGGGUGAAGGGGGGAGCCCCCUCCCCGUCCCGCCCUUCUGCAACAGUAAUGGAGAAUCCGAUGAGCAGCUUAUCACCUCCUUCACGUAUUCAUGAAGACGACGGCUCAAAGGAGAACACUGAGGUGCCACCUGGGCUAAAUCAUUCAGAAGGAUCGUGCUGCGGCAGCGCCUCCCAGUCUGCCAGCCGCCCCGAUUUUGCCGAAGACCUCCUGCAAAGCCAACUGUUGCGCAAUGAUUCAUUUAGUACAGCUGAAAAUAGCGAACUGAGGCCGGAGGAGGAGCAGAGAGCCAAGAGAGGAGGCUGGUCUAAGGGGCGGAAGAGGAAGAAACCGCUAAGGGACAGCAACGCCCCCAAAUCCCCCCUGACGGGCUAUGUGAGGUUUAUGAACGAACGGCGGGAGCAGCUCCGAGCCAAGAGACCCGAGGUCCCGUUUCCCGAAAUCACCCGGAUGUUGGGCAACGAAUGGAGCAAACUCCCUCCGGAGGAGAAACGGUCAGCCAAGCACAGGGGAGUGAUUGUUGUGUCGUUCCAGCGCUACCUUGACGAAGCCGACCGGGAUAAGGAGCGCUACAUGAAGGAGCUGGAGCAGUACCAGAAGACGGAGGCCUACAAGGUGUUCAGCAGGAAAACCCAGGACAGGCAGAAAGGCAAAACACACCGGCAAGAAGGAACGCGCCCAGCUACCCAUGACCAUCAGGUAAAUACCUUACAUUUUUAUGAUAACAUCCAGAGCUGAUUCUUUUCUCAUUAAGUGUUACUGGAAUUAAUUGAAGGG